CAUCCACAGCCAGGAUUUUAUCCCCAGGAAGUAAUUCAGCUGAAGCAAAAAUAUUUUUGCAAGAAGAUGAUCCUUGAAAGGGUACCCACAACAACAACAAAACUGGAAACAACCUAGAUAUUGAUAAAAAGCGGAAUAGCUUCAUAAAUUAUGCAUCCCAGGAUUUUGAUUGAAAAGAAUACCCAGCCUACCCACACCUACACCCUGGCAGGGUCAGCUUCUCCCCUGUAGAGGCAUUGAUUUGUUUUGCUGGGGAGGCUGGUGACCCUGACCCGAGGGGACAACUGCAUGGAGGAUAGGACAAAGGGGUGUGAGAUGAGUAUAGGUCACAAAGGACAGCAGAGGAUAAAUGUGGUGAUGCCAGAGGAUUUGGGCAGAAGCCCUGUAGAGAGAUGGGUAGUUGCCUUCUCUCCCUCUCUUUCUUGGGGACUCCAUUUGUGGCUGGUGGAGUUGUUUUAAAUGUAGAGAACCAUGAGCAAUGAACCUUGUUUACCUUAUUACACGGCCCACAGCUACCGUUCACUGAGUGUGUUCAGAACCUCCAUGGGUGACCUGCAACGACAGUUGUACAAGAGAGGAGAGUACGACAUUUUCAAGUAUGCACCAAUGUUCGAGAGUGAUUUUAUUCAGAUAAGCAAAAAGGGAGAGGUGAUUGAUGUACACAACCGUGUCCGAAUGGUGACAGUGGGUAUCGUCUGCACCAGCCCCAUCCUCCCACUGCCUGAUGUCAUGCUGCUGGCCCGACCAGCUAAAGUCUAUGAAGAGCAUGCCAGACAGGGCUGGUUUGCCAAGGGGAGACGUCGCAGGCCCCCCAAGACUCUAGAGCUCACGAGACUAAUUCCCUUGAAGUUUGUGAAGAUCUCCAUCCACAAUCAUGAGAAACAGCAGCUGCGCCUGAAACUUGCCACUGGUCGUACCUUUUAUCUGCAGCUGUGUCCAUCUUCUGACACCCGGGAAGAUCUCUUUUGCUAUUGGGAAAAACUUGUCUAUCUCCUGAGGCCACCAGUGGAUAGUUACAGCAGUGCCCCGACACUUCUAACUGGGGACACAGUACCAGAAGACAACAAAAGCCUACUGGCUGCAGAGCACCACAGAAAAGGGAAUCAGAGUGAGACUGGGUUUCACAAGCCUUGUGAUGUAUCUGCAGCCACCUCUUCUGCUUAUGCUGGGGGAGAGGGAAUCCAACAUGCCUCCCAUGGAAUGGCUAGGGCGGCUUCUCUAGACACAAGCACUGCAGGGGCUGCUGAAGGAGCAGCAGCAAAGACAGCAGGUGGCGUGGCAGGAGCGGCAACAGGCCCCAGAGCAGGUGUGGCAAUAGCAGGGGCAGCAAUGAGUCCUGCAACAGGCGCUGUGAGCAUAGCAGCAACCAAACCUGCAGGCCCAGGCCAGGUGAUCACAACGCUCGUGGGAGCAGCCAUCAAAAAUCCAGGAGAAAAUGAAUCCAGCAAGUCCAUGGCAGGUGCUGCCAACAUAUCCUCAGAUAGUGUUGACUUCGCCUUGGUGGGUGCUGCAAGCACCUCCUCGGCAGGUACUUCCACCACGAUGGCGGGGGCCGCCAGUCUCUCCCAAGACAGCAGCUUGAGUACGGCAUUUGCAGGCAGUAUGACAACAGGCAAGUGUGUGGCAGAAAGAAAUCAAGGACCAGCAUUGGGACCCCUCGUGUCCACCUUGCAAAGCGAAGGCUACAUGAGUGAACGCGAUGGAAGCCAGAAGGUUUCCCAGCCCAGUGCUGAAGCCUGGAAUGAAAAAAAGGAAAGAAGAGAAAAGAAGGACAAACGUCCCAGUAGGAAAAGUUCCCAUCACCGCAAGGCAGGUGAAAGUCACGGCAGGACAGCAGGAGACAAGACCCAGAAAGCAUCCUCCCACCGGUCUACAUCUGGCCAUAAAAACACGAGAGAUGACAAAAAAGAAAAAGGGCGCAGCAAGGUAAGGGGCAAGGGACGUGGUUCCUCUCGCAAGAGCUCCAGCCACAGUUCCACCAAAAAGGAGUUGAGAACAACUCACAAAUUGGGGAAGAACCGAUCUGCAUCUAGUACAGGAGCUUUAAGUAAGAAAGCCAGUAAAAUCAGCUCUUUUUUAAGGAGCCUCAGGGCCACUGCUGGUUCAAAAACAAGAGUCACAUCACACGACAGAGAGGUAGACAUCGUGGCUAAGAUGGUGGAGAAGCAAAACAUAGAGGCCAAAGUGGAGAAAGCCCAGGAGCUGGAGGUGAUCAGUGGCACUAUGACAUCCGAGAUGACGGAGAUGAUCAUCUUUGAAACCAAAUCCAUUUAAGGAGAAGCCAGGGCUACAACUACCCAGGGAUCUGGGAAGUAUCCCUAGAGAGCCCAUCCCAGCUUUCUUUACUGGAGUUUAAAUAAUAAAGGAAAUCAUACAACCCCUAAA